UCCAAUCAGUCUGUCAAAUAAAAAAAAGUAGCCUUUGCGUGUGGGGCCUACAUUUCCUAUAAAAUUUGUUGAGAAAAAGUUAGAUUUUGUCAAUAAGAACAUCUGGAAAAUUAUCCAAAUUCUAAAGUAUAUUUAACAUAAAACAAUUUACUAAUUUACACCUUGAAGAUGUCUCGAGGAAACAUCGGCUCCACUGGCUUAUCAAAGCUACAAUUGGCUCUCAUCGUCGGCACCCCAGUGGUCAUCGGCAUGGGCUACUAUCUGUACAAAAAGAACAGCAAGCCAUCACUGGAUGGCGACGGAAAACCUACCUUAUUCAAGAAGAUGCCCCUCAAAAGCCUAAAAGACCAAUCGAUAUCACUUGACGGCACCGAAAGUGAGAAGGAUUUGGAGAAGAAAAAGAAAGCCGAGUUGGAAAGCGAGAAAUUAUCACCACUCAAAGAGGCCACCAACUACAAGAACGAAGGAAACGUGUGCUAUCGCAAGGGAAAGUAUGACGAGGCUAUUUUAUUCUACGACAAAGCCAUAGACAAAUGUCCCACCGAAAACCACAAUGACCUUGCAAUCUUCUACCAGAACCGAGCGGCUGCCUACGAAAUGCUAAAGAAAUGGUCUAAAGUGAAGGAGGAUUGUGCAAAUUCUAUUAAACACAACCCACGUUAUGCCAAAGCCUAUUUCCGCCGAGCAAAAGCCAGCGAAGCUACAAACAACAUCCUCGAGUGCCUUGAUGAUGUUACAGCGACAUGCAUCCUGGAAAUGUUCCAAAAUCAAAAUUCAAUCAUGUACGCUGAUCGAAUUCUCAAACAGACUGGCAAGGUGGACGCUGCCAAGGCGAUGGUAGAUAAAGUCCCAAUCUUGCCUUCGAAAAAUUUCAUCAAGACUUUCUUUAAAUCCUUUGUUCAAGAUCCUUGUGUUGUUAAAGAGGUUCCGAAAUCCGAAGAUCCUAAAGGCUACGUUCGUGCUAAGAUGGCAUUUGACAAUGAAAAGUUUGACGAUGUUAUUCCAGCGUGCACAGAAGAAAUCGAAUCAAGUGAAUCGGAAUCCCAGUUCAAAUCCGAAGCUCUGUUAAUGCGAGGAACAUUUCAUUUGCUGUCUGCCAAUUUUGCAGACUCUAAAACUGACUUGGAUGCCGUCAUCAAUAAUGUUGAUGCUGAUGUCAAUCUUCGAUCGAAUGCUCUCAUCAAACGAGCCUCCCUUCACAUUCAACUUGACGAAAAGAACACGGGUAUGGAGGACUUUGAGAAGUCUGUAAAACUCUGUCCCAAGAAUCCCGACAUCUACCACCAACGUGCCCAGAUCUACAUUCUCAUCGAUCAAUUGGACCAAGCCCUCAAAGAAUUCGAAACGGCUGUUGAAUUGGCGCCCAAGCAUGCCAUCGCCUACAUCCAAAAGUGCUACGCCGAAUACAGACUAGCGAUAAUGCACCAAGACCAGAUGCGUCUCAUGAUCAUUAUGAAUGAGUUCAAAAAUGCCGUCGAGAAAUUCCCCGACUGUGUGGAGUGCUACAGUCUGAUGGCGCAAGUUCUCAGCGAUCAGGGACAAUUCGAACAGGCCGAUUCGUUCUUUGAAAAAGCGAUUAAAAUGGCUCCUGAAAAUGCCUCGUUCUACGUGCACCGCGGUAUAAUGUGGCUCCAAUGGAAGGGUGAUAUCGAGAAUGCCGUGGCACUGAUGAGGAAGAGCAUUGAAAUCGAUGAAAAGUGUGAGUUAGCUUAUGAGACACUGGGCACCAUUGAAGUACAACGAGCCAAUCUGGACGGAGCUGUGGAAUUAAUCGAAAAGGCAAUCAAAUUGGCCAAGAGUCAAACAGAAAUGGCGCAUUUAUAUGCAUUGAGAAAUGCGGCAAUUGCCCAAAUAAACGUAACAAAAAAACUAGGAAUUGACACAUCAGCGAUAUCGGCGAUGGCGCGUUUUUAAUUUCAAAAUUUCAUAACUUACAAAAAAAUAUCCUAAUUUUUGACACACCCAGGAAUGUCAUUUGUAUUUUUAACUAGUUUAAAAUAUUUUUUUCCAUCUUGUUUCAUAAAAUUUAAUUAUGUUUUAUUUUGAAUCAAAUCAAAACACUAUUCGUUCCUUUUGUUCUUUCUUAUUUACUUUCUAUUCGAUGAUAAGCUUUCUUCUUUUGGAUUUAUUAUCGAAUACAAAUGAAUUAAGAAAAUAUACAUAUUUCAAAAAUUGUAAUUAUUUAUAGACUUUAUUCCAAGAUUCAAAUCAAUUUCAAAAAAUUGUUAUCUAUUUGUUUAAGUUUGUGUAUAGUUCAUUAAGGUCCAAGUUGAAAGUGUAAGACUUUUCUUAAGGCACAAUAAAAAUAUGGACCUACAUUAUUGAAGCAAUAUUAAUAAUAUAACAUGAAAAAAAGAGAGGACACUUUUAAUUGAUUGAUUUGAAUUUUGGAAUGAAAAUUAAUUAAAAUAAAGUAAAUAAAAUAAAACAAAUUAUUAAACCGUUAA